AUGUUCCGCUCACGCCGUGCCGGGCUGGUGAGGCGGCUGUGGCGGCAGCGCUGCGCAGCUGAGCCCACCGUGCCCUGGUGCUGCCUGCGCCGGCUCGACACCAGCCUCUCGCGGAGCACCAUUAAGGAUGGCUACUGGUGCAAACUGGCUUACUGGGAGCACCGGACGCGCGUGGGCCGCCUCUACGCUGUGCACGAGGCCUCGGUGAACGUCUUCUGCGAGCUGCCACGGGGCAGCGGGUUCUGCCUGGGCCAGCCGCCCCCCCCCCGCAGCCGUGCUGUCCGGCGGGCGCGUGGCAAAAUCGGCCGGGGGUUGCUGCUGAGCCGGGAGCCAGGCGGCGUGUGGGCUUACAAUCGCAGCGAGCACCCCAUCUUCGUCAGCUCGCCCACCCUGGGGCCCCCCGGCGCCCGCGGGCUCACCGUCCUCAAGGUGCUGCCCGGCUACUCGGCAAAGGUGUUCGACUACGAGCGGGCAGGGGGCACAGGGGGCCACCAGGGCGAGCAGCAGUUUGCGGCCAGCGCGGGCGCGUGGGUGGUUGCGACACCCCCAGGGUGGGGGGGACGUGGUGACUCACCCCAGCGGGGCCUGGCCACCAGCGGGAACCCUGAGUCAGGGCUGCGUGCCCAUGCCGUGCCCCUCCCUGCCCGCCUCGCCCACCUUAUCUCCCGCCCUUAG